AGUCGAUAUUGUUUUGCUUUGGAUUAUGGAAGUGCUCCUGAGUACAGUUGGAUUGGUUGGACUGCAGCAGUAGUUGACAUUACACGGCGUGGAAAUCCUCUGGUGCAAACAUGAUACGUUUGACCAGGGAAUGUCAACAAAGUAUUUGUAAGUGUUUAUUAGUUUCUUUUGCGAAACCACCGUUACGUCAAGGAGGCCGAUGUCUACAAAGUGAGAAUCGGGGAGCUUCUCCUGUGACAAGCUGCACAGCCUACACUUCGCCAUCCCACCAUACCACUGUUCUAUCUUCGCUGUUGACGAAAAGAUGGGUUGACUCGAAGGGGUCACAGACUGAAAAAGUUGACAGAGCACAGACAAGGUGCUUUCAUGUCACAGCCAACAACACGGUGGAUAAUACACAACAGUCAAGAGAAAUUACAGAAGCCGUGUAUGAAAAACUAGCAGAUGAAACUUUGGAUGCCCUAGCAGAAUACUUUGAGGAUCUUGCUGAUGAGGGCUGCACUGGAGAUGAGUAUGACGUUGUCUUUUCGAGUGGCGUGCUGACUAUCAAAGUUGGAGAAGACCACGGAACGUACGUCAUCAACAAACAAACACCUAAUCGGCAGAUUUGGCUCUCCUCUCCCACAAGUGGGCCUAAACGUUAUGACUGGAAUGGGGCUCGCUGGGUUUACUCCCAUGAUGGCGUGGCACUACAUGAGCUGCUCUCCAAGGAGUUUGCCACCAUCUUUACCAAAAACAUGGACUUGUCCCACCUGACACAUUCCUGAAGCCAUGACUCUUAUCUGCGGCGUUAGUCACAUAGCCAGAACACUGGAAAACCAAAAGACAAACCGGUUCACAUUGUCCAUGUAAACACAACCAUUUCUCUCACGUUUCUCUCUCAUUUUAUUCUUUCCGGUAGCAUUUUAUGGUUUUUAAUACGGGCCGAAUUAGACCAAAUCCAGACAAAGCUGACCCCAUAAUGCAGGUUUGUAGUGGUGGCUUACUGAGAGAAAUGCACAACUCACAGCUGGUGGAUGGGUGUCGUGCCAAUGCCAUGUCAAUGUUUGCCACCUCUCAGGUUACUAAGAGUUAUAUUAUUGAAAAAGUUAUUUUAUGCUUUAUCAUGUAUGAAUUAUUUCUGUUUCUAUAUGUGUGAGUAAAGGACAGUGUAUUCGUGUACACCUGUGGUGACUCUG